UGGAGUUAACCGUUGCCUUUUCUCCCCGAGGUAUCUUCCUUUUUGAUCCCGCCGAGCCUGGCGCCUUGCAAAACACAACUUGUCUGGCUUAUUAAAUGGUAUGACCUGGAGAAAGAAAAACGCCUGUUGCUUCUCAAGUGAGGCCAUUGUGAAGCGAGAAGAGCUCAUGACAGGCCCUCAAUUGCAGUAAUGCUGUGUGACCAACAGUCAUACCUAAUCGAUUUCUAUCCGGGCUGCGCACGUUUUCUUAUUCGACGUCGUUUUCAGUUCCAUUAUUUUUGCUCGUUGCUAGUUUGAGAAUUGUACCUGGGCCCGCUUACUGAUACGGCCCGUGUGUUUAUGUAAUGCCUUUUCCAGUGUUGUAUUUUAAUAUGGGCUCAACACGUCCGAGCGUUUUCUCCUUUUGCUUUCUCUCUUCUUUGAUUACUUUGACACCGACAUGACUCUUUGGUCCCUGCUCGGCUUCGCGGUAGAAGAAGAGUUCAGGGAAGUAGCACCGAUGGAGCGCCGGUUAAUGGAUGUAAAUGGUCAGGAGAGUCCUCCCCACUGGUUAAUUGCGCUCAAAUUGGUCCGAGCUACUUUGUGAGAGCCCAUCAAUGGCCCCGCGCCGCAUGGGGUCUGUAUGAUUAACUUCUCCUUCCUUUCAAAGCCCUCUUGAUGUUCCCUUGAAAGGCAGCGGGCCAAUCAAAACCGCACUCGCUGCACGUCACGAGGCCGACUUGACGAGCUGAUUGGUGGGAGCGGGGAGGGGGGACAGCCCCUGUCCUUUUAUAGACGACCCCGUCCAGCGCGUUUAAAGCUACCGGGCACCGCUGACAGCGCGCAGAGACGCAUAUUGGACACUGUACACCUCACUCCAUUCCUCUGAACGGGCCACACGGAGGUGCAUGGCCCCAUCCCCUUGUAUCGCGAUGAAUCCUGUGCAGGGGUCGCCGUCCCAGGACGCCAAACCGCUUCAUCAAAAGGAGGACACGGACACGGAGGGAGAGGAACUUCAGCCCAAAGACAUGACCACCGAGAAAGGAUACAAACUGCAGCGGAGCAGCCUCCCGUUUAGCGUUGAGUCGUUGAUUUCCAAGAAGACCACCUGUCGGACUUCCUAUUCCCCCUCAGAUUUAGCUCUGGUCCUGCCCAAGCCCGUGGCGGGGCAGGGCGCGCAGUUCUCUCCAAGGACUUUUUACGCGGAGAGCAAGGUUUCCGCGGAGAGCUCGCAGGGUGUUUCCAGUAGUUCCAGCGAAGAGAGUCCGCAGUUUUGUGAGAAAGAUCAGAGCACUUGGUUCCAGACGUCCUCCUUUUCUACUCCUCCUCGCAGCUCGAGUCCAACUCAGUGUACCUUAAGGAAACACAAAAACAACAGGAAACCUCGCACGCCCUUCACUACCUCCCAGCUGCUGGCGCUGGAGCGCAAGUUUCGCCAGAAGCAGUACCUCUCCAUCGCCGAGAGAGCCGAGUUCUCCAACUCGCUCAACCUGACGGAGACACAGGUCAAAAUCUGGUUCCAAAACAGGAGGGCCAAAGCCAAGAGACUGCAGGAGGCCGAGCUAGAAAAGUUUAAACUGGCCUCCAAGCCUGUCCUGCCCGCCUUCGCGCUGCCGUUCCCUAUCGGUGCGCAUAUGGGCUCUCCAACAUGGGGCCCGUCAAGCGCCUUUCCGAGGCCCAGUCUGCCGGUCCCGGGACUGUUCAGCGGACCCGUCACUUAUGGGAUGUACUAUUUGUCUUAGUAGUCCUCUGUGUACGUGUGUGUGUGGUUUUAAGAGGGGGAAAAUGCGGCGUAUUCUUGCAAUACACAUAGAAGGAUGGUGCGUCUUUAACAUCUUUAGAGAAAUUAUUCUAACCUCCACAAUUGAAGACAAUUAAAAAAUUGGGACGCGUAUUGACAUGUAAGUUUGUGCGUAAUCGGACUGAGUGCGCCAGUUACUCUCCUCAUUUUAAGAUAGCGUCCCGUGCCGUGGCUUGUGGAUCCACCGGCAUAUUCAGGCAAUACUCCAAAUGUAAAUGUCAGGUUUUUAAACGACACGCCUUAAGUCUCUCCUUCCAGUCCGUCCACCGUGCUCCGCAGUAGAGUUUGUGAAAACUGGACGUUUCAAGUGUGUCCACACAUGCAGGCAAUAAUCUACUGAAGCGGAGGGGGAAAAAAAUGCUUAAAAGCAGCAGAAAAGUACUUAAACGGUGUCAGUGCCUUAGGACCAGUGUAUCACUUGAAGUUUCUUUCUGUUCAUUCAGCAUUGACUUUUUUUUUCUGUCAUCAUCGGGUAAAACUGCAGUUUUUCCAGAGUUGCUGUUUGAAUGUUUGUAUUUCCUUACAGCGGUUCCUGUCACAAUUUCUAUAUUUGGUAAACAUGGAGCAAAAUGAUAUUUUAGAAAACACAUGUAUUAGAUAUUUUUUUACUCUCAGAGUGGCCUUUGUGGGAGUGAUAACAGUUUUUUUUUCUUUGAGGAAUUUUGCUGUAAAUGUAAAUAAAAAUGUGUAGUGUUCAUAAAGCCCUGCAGCCUCGCUUGAAGAGCAGCAGGAAAAGUGGUAUUUAUUGAUUAUCUUUGUAUCUGUACUGUGUACAUACAUCACUCUAUCUAAAUGUUCAGUUACUUGUAAAGACUGAUUUUAGUAAAUAAACAUUA